AUGUAUGUUACAACUAAUUCCUAUUCAAUCUUCUACAUAAGUAUUCCGAUAUACACUAGAUCCAUCUACUCUGAACACACCGGGCACCUCUAUCCUAUCCGAUUCUCCAGUAGAUUCGGCUACUCUUGCCCGAGAAAUAAGUGUCCAAGGCAACUUUCCCCAAGAAAAAAUCCGAAUCAGUUCGGUUUCUUCGCCAGCCUCCCGCAUCUGACAACUGAAAUCAUCCCUUUGACCAUUGAGGAACUCGCCUAUGCUAUAGACACACUCCCUGCUGGCGGGAUAUCACAUUGUACGCUCAGUAUAGUGGAACGGGGUACCUCGGUCAUCCGGCUUUUGCGUUGCUUUGAGAAGAACUGA